CGCCGGAAGCGCACAACUUUCAGCAAGGCGCAAGUGAGCGAGCUGGAGAGGGCCUUCUCUGUCACACAGUACCCGGACAUUAAAAUGAAGGAGUCUCUUGCCUCUAUAACUGGGCUACCGGAGUCUAAAAUUCAGGUGUGGUUUCAGAACCGACGUGCACGCUACUUCAAAAGCAAGAAGCCGGCCAGGGAGGUCCCUAAACCCUCAACGGAAUACCUUCAUCCACAGUUCACCUACACUCCUGCUCCUGCUAGUCCUCCACUGUCCCAGCUGCUUCCUGCUUUCUCUCCUACUCCCAGCCUGCCAUCCCCACCAGGAUACCCGGCUCCGAGUUUACCUCAGUCCACCAGUCUCUCAACCAUUCCCGGGGGCCAGGUCAUGUCCAUGCCCUCACCUACAUCCCCCGUUGCCGCCGACCAAGCUUCAUCCUGCUCCCCACAUGGACUGGGUCUCCCAGCGUUUCCCCAAGACUAUCACUACCAAACCACAGACUUUACCGAUUACUGCCAUGGUGUGUUUUCACACACUGGGUUCAGUGAAUGGGAUCUGACAAAGGACUUUGAGGCUUUCCUUGGAGAUGCUCAGGGGUCCCAGCCUGUGGGUAGCCGCUGCGCUGCAGUCCUCCCUGGGUCCAAGGAGAACGUCCAGAGUCAGCUGGCCCACCAGCGCUUCACCAGCACCGACGAGUCCGUGGACGACUUGUCCGAUCUGUCCUUUCCGGACCUGGGCGACUUCAACCUGUCGGAUUUGGAAAUUUCAGCGGCAAUGAUUGAUUAUCUUUUGGGCUGA